AUGACGCAACUAGAUGAGCUGUCUCGCAGGGCUCCGUGGGUGGUCUCAAGCACGUUCUUCUGCUCUCGGAGCGACGUGAGCUUUUCAGGCCGUCACUCCGAAAGUAUUUUGGGGAUACCAGCAAGCGACAGAGCGAGCUUGGUCCUUGUAAUCGAGAGGAAGCGGGAGUCCCGGCCUCUCGAUUCAAGGCCUCCAGGCCUCUGUACCGCCCCACGUCGUGAACGCCCAACCGGGCCAUUCUUCGCCGAGUCGACGACGAAGCCCGCCACCACGCCGCGGGCAAAGAAAAGGGGGCCACCCUGUCCCCUCGAGGCAAACGGCCAUCCGCCUCUGCAGGAAGCCCAGGCGAGCAGCCAUCCACCUCUGCAGGAAGCCCAGGCGAGCAGUCAUCCGCCUCUGCAGGAAGCCCAGGUCAACAGUCACCCGCCUCCUCAGGAAGCCUCAGCAAGAGAGGUCUCCGAACGCCGGCUCGACCCAGGAGUGGCCUACCUUCCGUGGCGUCUAACGCCCAUUGACUUCGUCAGGCCCGACCGGCCACCUACGGAUCCUCGGCCCCGGCCAACGGUCAGCCGAGGAACGCAAACCGAGGGGAGCGCUUCACCACCAAGUCCGCCGGUCAGGACGCCGACGAAGCCGUUGACGCCAGGGCGAUCGAAACAGCGCAGCCCCACGAAGCCGCUGACUCCCGGGCGACCGAGGGGUCCCUCCAUCCGGACCUUUCGCACGCCCAGUCGCCAGCCAGCGACGCCGUCAAAGCGCCCACGACCUUCCGAGUCCCCGGGGCGCUUCGCGGACCUCCUUCGUGCGGCUGGCACAGGCGUCGCCGGACCGCAGCCGAUUGAGAACGGCCAUCUCAAUCCCGCUGCGACCGAUUCCACGAUUCCAGCGCAGGCCAUUCGUGCAGGACCGGACGAAGGCCCUAUUUAG